AUGACAACUAACGAGAACAUACAUGCAAUUAAAAUACAACUCGAAAAAGCUUCUAACAGAGAUACCAAUAUCCAAAUUAACUAUGAAAUUAAUACAUCAGUUAACUUUUUGGAUGUUACAAUAAACAAUGAGAAUGGUCAUUUAAAAACAUGUCUUUAUCACAAAACAACAGCUGAACCUUAUAUAUUACCAUACACCUCCGGUCAUCCACCACACGUUCAUCGCAAUAUACCUUUUGCUGCUUUAUUACGUGCUGCGCGUAUUUGUUUCGAUGUGCAUAAUUUCAACAGAGAACGUAUUCGUAUCGAUCGCUCACUAUUACUAAACAAUUAUCCACCAAAUUUUAUAAGGAAACAAUUCGAUAGAUUCUUUCAAGUAAAUAAUGCCAUACCGGUUCUUGAUAAAUGGAAUUCUCAAGUUUAUCAUCGGCUUCAUGAACAAUUAUUCCAUCAACCUACACGACGUGAAAAGCAACUGCAAGCUAUGGUACAAGAUCCGAUUCGAUCACCCACAGUAUUGCAACAGAAGAUAUGGGAUUCAAACAAAAUGUACCCGCGUUAUGUUUUCGACGGUUCCACAUCUACGGAUUUUCAGAAACAAUUUUACAAAUGGUGGCGAAGUUGUUAUGGAAAUACCGCAUCUCCUUUGAAAAGCAUUACAGUUCGACUAGCAGCUACGACAAACCAGACACUUAAAGUAUUCUUAAUACAUAAAAAACCACCAAAAGAAAUUCUGACACGUAUGGAGCAUGGUUAG